AUGAAUUUGAGACAACCCUCGAGCGGCGAGCCUCAAGGCCUAAGGUCAGACAGGACAGGAAGCACAGACUCAGUGCAGAGGGUGGAAGACUCGGAGAGAAACCCCAAUCCGGCCAUCAGCGGUGUAUGUCCGGCAUGGCACAUCACUUGGAAGGCUUGUCAGCGUGAUGACGCAAGACAUGCUGUGGUGGGAGGCGCCCACGGGGCCCAGGGCCAGGCCGUGGUUCUAUCAUCGAUGUCCGGGGUUGCCAACCUUGCCUCGCGACUGAGCCGUGCCGCAGAAUCUCAAUCAGGAUUCAAUUCGCCAAAAAUCCGAAGAUUGAAGAUUGGGAUCAAUCGUUGA